AUGGAUAGUCGCGUACUCCAACCACGACAUAUCGUGAUCAUAGGUGGUGGUGUGAUCGGCGCGACGACGGCAUACUAUCUAACACGGCACCCUUCUUAUAACACCGAGCUUCACCACAUCACACUUCUCGAAGCCGCAUCUAUAGCCGCAGGCGCAUCCGGGAAAGCAGGUGGUCUUCUCGGCCUAUGGGCCUACCCAACCUGUCUAGUCCCACUAUCCUACCGUCUCCACGCCGAACUAGCAGCCGAGCACAACGGCGCCGAGAAAUGGGGAUAUAGACAACUCGAAUGCGUACAACUCACAGCAACAGUAGGUAAGAAAAAAGAUAAGUCGAGACGAAAGAGCAGCCUCGGUGUAACCGAGACCGAAGCCGAAGAGCAAGUAGAAUGGCAAAAACUACCCAAACAGGACGAAGCAGCGACAGCCUUACUUCAAAAAUCCGUUCUGCCCGCGGAUCUCGACUGGAUUAACGCUAGCCUGGUGCAAGAAUACGCGGAGAUGGGCCUACCGGGGUAUACCGAGACAGCACAAGUGCACCCUUACCAAUUCACGACCACGAUAGCGGACCUAGCGCGCGAGGCGGGCACUGAGGUUCGCGUCAACGCUAAAGUGACUAACAUCGGGUUAAAUAAGACCGAGACAGCCGUAUCAAACGUCGAGUACCUAGAUCGAACCACAGGCGAGGUAUGCAUGUUAGAAGGCGUGACAGACGUUGUAGUGGCCGCGGGACCGUGGUCGGGACGUGUAUGGCCGAAAUCCAAAGUCGAGGGUCUGCGGGCUCAUAGCGUAGUAUUCGCCGCCGACGUUAGCCCCUACGCUGUGUUCACCGAUAUCUCGCUACCGUACGACUGGGUGCCGGCGCACCGGGCCGCGAGAGGCGAGAAGAGGCGCCGGCACCGCGGUAACGUGGACCCAGAGAUCUACGCGCGACCCGGUGGCGAAGUAUACGCUUGCGGCGAGCCGGACUCUGGGAAACCAUUACCGGACACGGCCGACCUAGUGGAAUGCGAUGAGGCACAGUGCGAUGACUUGGUAUCGUAUAUCGGCACCGUGAGUCCUGUUUUGGGUGCCGCUGCUGUAGCAGCUAAACAAGCAUGCUAUCUGCCGCGACACAUGCGUAUGGGUCGAGAGAGCGCACCGCUAGUUGGCCCCACGUCGGUUGGACGUCUGUGGAUCGCAUCAGGCCACACGUGUUGGGGUAUCCAAAACGGCCCCGCGACUGGCAAGCUCAUGAGCGAGUUCAUAUUCGAAGGCGAGGCUAAAAGCGCCGACGUCGCGGAGUUAGAUCCCAGAAAGUUCAAGGUGUGA